GAAGAAGCUGUCGACCCUUUUUCAGCGCCGCCAUUGCUGCAUUCGGAAAAGCUCACAGUAGACCCAUCAGCUGUAGCCAGUCGCAUCUCAGCCUUCGGCAGCUAACCGAUGGGGCCAUGACGUCGGGGGCCGAGAAGCGGUGCAUGGGAGUGGGAAAAAAAGCAAGGUGAAGCAGAAAGAGAUGAGCUUCAGCCGCUCGACGCAAAUAAUAAUACGAUGUUGAUGGCACCGGUGGAGAAAUCGGCAUAUUCUCCCGUCGAUAUAAACUUGACGGCCUGCCCUUCGUCUUCCAUUAUUCUUCUAGACGAUCAAUCACACAUAUUCACAUCAUGAAGUACAUCGCACUCGCAUUCUUCACAUCCCUCGCUGUCGCUUGUCCCACACCAAAGGACUGGACAGCGCAGAAAUGGGAUGCUAUUAUCGUCGGUGCCGGCACAGCAGGUAUCAUUGUUGCCGAUCGCCUGUCUGAGGCUGGCCUUAAGACCCUUUUACUCGAGCAGGGUGGUGCUUCCUAUGGCAUCACUGGCGGCACUGAACGCCCCAGCUGGCUCGACGGCACCAAGCUCAGCCGCGUAGAUGUUCCCGGACUCUACUCGACAAUCUACGGAACCCCGAAUUCCACUCUGACAUGCAAAGGAGACCAAGUCCGCGCGUACCAAGCAUGCACUAUUGGUGGCCAGAGCGCCAUUAAUGCUGGUCUCUACUUCCAGCCUCCCUCAUCCGACUGGGACAACUACCACCCUGAAGGCUGGCACAGCGCCGAUGUCCAGUCCGCUAUUGACAAGCUUCUGCAAAGACAGCCUGCCGUCCGCGACUACUCCGCCGAUGGCAAGACAUACGCCGAGACUAUCCAGGACGCCUCUCGCAAGUGGCUUGUCGACGGUGCUGGCUACAAGGAGACAGAUUUUGCCGCUGAUCCCAACAUGAAGGAAAAGGCCUUUGGUCGUCCCGUUUUUAACUACAUUGAGGGCCAGCGCGGUGGCCCUGUCCGAACCUACCUCCAGUCCGCUCUCUCCCGAUCCAACUUCCACCUCUCGACUGGUGUCCACGUCAAGCACGUUGAGCAAAAGGGCGGCAAGGCCUCUGGUGUUACCAUUAAGCUGGCCGACGGUACUGAAAAGACCGUUGCUGUGAACGACAACGGCCGUGUUGUUUUGUCUGCUGGUGCUCUGCUCUCUCCACAGAUUCUCAUGUACUCUGGCAUUGGCCCCAAUGCUACACUAGCCAAGCUCGCAGCCAGCUCGCACACUCCCUACACUGAGUCUUCGUCAUGGGUUACCCAGGAGUCUGUUGGCGAGGGUCUCUUUGAUAACCCCAACACCUUCAUCCAGCUAUCUGCUCCCUCAGUAAAUGCUUACAACUACAAGUACGACGACGCGGACACAAAGGACCGCGAAAUGUAUCUCAACUCUCGUACGGGCCCUUACACUUUUGCCUCACAGGCUGCUGCCUUCUGGACUUACAUGGACAACGGCGACGGCACUCGCUCUGGUGUGCAGGGAACUAUCAGCUCUUCAGGAUAUGCGGACUGGACCAACAACCAUACAAUUACACUGAACAUUUACGGUACAUCAGGCCUCGGCUCUUCUGGACGUGUCACUCUGUCCGACGAUGGACAGUUUGUGGCUGGUCCCAGCCCCGAUGUCUACUACUCCAACCCACGCGACGCCAAGGUCAUUGCUGCCUUUAUCCACGAUAUCUACCAGGGCCUGCCUGAGUCGACUCCUUACGCUCCUGCUCAGGAUGGUCUCACGCCGCUUAACCUGCCUCGCAGCUCCAGCGUUGAGGAUAUUGAAAAGUACAUUACCACACCGUCGGCGUACGCGCGCGGCCAGGUCAACCACUGGUCCAGCUCAUGCCGUAUCGGCAAGUGUGUCGAUGCCAACACCCAGGUUAUGGGUACUCAAAAUAUCCACGUGGUUGACGCUUCCAUUAUUGCCCCCAUGACAGUGAACCCUCAGUUCCCCGUCAUGGUCGCUGGUGAGCAUGGUGCGGAGAAGAUCUUGGGAUUGUUUGGAAAGAACCAUUAGACGGAUCUAGUACAUGACGUUGAUGACUUGUAACAUAUUAUAAAUAUAAUGACUCUUUUAAUAUUUUAUGAAAUUACCUUUUCU